GCGGGGCGGCGCGAUCAGCUGUUCCCGGCGCCCAACAAAGGAGCAGCCGGGCGGCCGGCGGGAGCGGGAGCGGGCCGGACCGAACCGAAGCAGCCGAGCCGGGCCGGCCGCGCCGAGCCGCCCGCGGAGCCCCGCGCCGCGAACAAUGAUCCCCCCCGCCACUCCCCUCACCUGAAGAAGCACCACCAGCACUUUCUCUCCUGCCCGGCGCCUGCUGAACUGUCAGGGUUUUGAAAUCUCAGCGACAAAGAGCCAAAAUCUCACUCUUGCCUUAACGAUGUUCCAGAGACUGAACAGAAUGUUUGUGGGCGACUCGGACGUGUCUUCCAGCCGGGAGCCCGAGUUCCGUGAGCAGGAGGACGAGGAGUGGGUCCUCGUGGACUUCAUCGACACUUGCCCUGCUUUCUCGGCCGAAGACGAUGAUGAGGAAGAAGCAGACAUUGGGGCCGAGCCACCCCCCGACCCCCCGGCCGUGUUCUCCUGCCUGCCCGCCUCCCUGGAGUGCCUGGCCGAGGCCAGCGAGUCCUGCUUCCUGGAGGAGAGCUGGUUCGUCACACCGCCGCCCUGCUUCACAGCUGCGGGGGGCACCGCCCUUAAGGUGGAGACCAGCCCCCUGGAGAACCUCCUCAUCGAGCACCCCAGCAUGUCCGUGUACGCCGUGCACAGCGCCAGCCCCGAGGAGUUCCCGGGCCCCAGGGGGGACGCCGCAAGCGACGUGGGGCACCACAUCCACUGCUACGUGGCCACCCUCACUGCGCAGACGGCGUUUCUGGAGCCGCCCAAGGGCCUCCGCCCCGCGCAGUGGAUCCGAGAACACAGCGAGAGACAGUCUCUGAGCCGGAACAGCCUCCGCCGCCAGAAUCUCACCAGGGAGUGCCACUCUCGGCACGCCAGGCACAGCGGCUGGGCCGUGCACCAGCCCUGCCCUCGCCAGUUCAAUUACUGAGCGGCCGCCCCUGAGGGCCCACUGGCUGCGGCUUGGACUCAGCCAGGGCCCGCCGCAGCCACGCGCCACCUAAUGCCUUGCCCUUUGACCUUGCCGACUUUUGUAAAUUCUUUCCAGACUCUUUUUGGAAACAUAUCGGUCCAAUGACAGUGUUGGGUGUUCGGGGAUGUCUGAGACUGUUGGGGGGACAUGAGUGUGUGUUCUGAAGGCAUUUCUUCCCCCACCGGGGGAGAGGUGGGCAUCUCUCCACUUCAGCUUCUCUGGUGUUACCAAAUCAGUCUCGGGAGGAAGCAGUGGUGUAUUCUCAGGGCCAGCCAUACACUUUCGUGACCAAUACUUGACCGUCUCUUCUGUGUACUGCAGACACACUUUCCGCACUAAUGCGAGCAUUAACAGGCCGGGGUGGCCGCUGGACACAGUGGAGUCUGGCUGGACUGGCUCUCGGGGGGAACCUGACCUGUUGCUGUGUGUCCGGUGUGGCUUGGUGUCCAGAUGAGCCCGGCAGUUCACUCUGGAACUCAGGUACCUUCGGCUGGAGCAGAUAGGCUGUGUGCUGGUGACACGUGUGGUACCGAUGUCACAAGCCUGGUGGGAGGGACCACGGCCUCGGCGCGGGGGGAUGGGAGGGUGAGCCCGUGCAGGAAGAUGUCUCUCCCAUGCCCAGUAGCACAGCUGGCUGUGCCCAGUGGCCACCACCCGUCUGCUGUGGGUUUACAGGGGCGCACCGCACCCCGGGGUGACCCCUUUCUUGGCUCCAUGUGCCCGGGAGUGGCCACCUGGGAUCCGUGUGGCCCCAUUGUGCCCAUCCCAACACCACGACCCCAUGUUGGUGCUCGCGAGGCGCAGGCGGGAGACCGCCCUGGGCUCUCUCCGUGCACCGGAGGGGCCCCCUGAGCCAGCCACACUUCGCGUCCCUCCCGCCGUGCCCUCUGCUCUUCAGUGAGACGCGCUUCCAGCCCAAAGCACACGGUCCCUGGCAGAGCCUGUCCCCUGCAGUGUCCGCCCGCCCACAGGGGGACUCAGGGGGACCUCGUCGGCGCAGCUGUGGCCUUCGCUGGGGAGCCGGGGCAGGGCCUGGGGCCCCAGACAGGGGCUGGGGAGGCCCUUGUCCCCCUUAUUUAUUUGUGGAGUUUGUGCUGUUGUUUCCUUGCAUUAGGGGCCAAAUCUAUAAAGUGGUGUCAGCCUGAGCUACACGGAACUUUCUCUUUGUGUUUACCAGGAGGGGAGAGAAGGGAGCAGUUGUUUUAAUUUUUAGUGUAGCUUUGUGUGUGUGUGCGUGUGUGCGUGUGCAGGUUGGCAACCUAUAGAGUGUGUUUUCCCAGUGGAAGCUGCAAGACCCUCGGGGUCUGUCUUCCAAGUGAGUGUGUGAGUGGCGAGGGGCGGGCAGGUGAGGGCUUCUGACCCCGGGCCCGGGUCCUUCUGGGCCUGCCUUCCUGUGCUUCGUGCCUAGGUGACGACAGGGGCCUUGUCCCUCUCUAGGAUCUUGUCUUGUUUUGUUUUCAGGGCAAGGAGCUGCCACACUUUCCGUGGUCUCUCCCCGGGGCCGGGGUCUCAGGUCCUAAGACCUCAACCUGAACGUGGCCCCGGGAGGGGCUUGGCCACGCCCCCAGGAGCUCGCUGUUCGUCUCGCUGUUGCAGUGCGAUGGUUUACGUGGUUGCUCAGAGCGUCUUCCCGCCCGAGCUCCCCCUGGCCCGCUGUGAGCCGGCGGUGCCUGUGCUAUGGACCGUCCCUUCCGAGCUGGGCUGGGCAGGAAGGCUGGCCCAAGGGCAGGGGUGUGUGGGGCCCGGAGGGACUGGGCCCGGCGAGGUCUGGCCUUCCCUGCAUCCUGCAGUUGUGGCCGCCGGCUUUGCAGUCCUUGUUCAUGGACUGCACAGCUUUGCUGUGUCUCUCCCCCCGCAAGGAAGCGCAGCGUCUCUGGGCGCUGAGGCUGGGGGCCCCGUCCUCAGCCUCCUUCUCUCUCGGAGCGGAGACAAACAGAAGAGCCGUGACUCCCGGAGGUGGCAGCGCCGCCCAAGGGUUGGCGGGCAGCGCGUGGGGCUUUGCAGGUGAAUCUUGGUUGUGUUCGUAGAAUCCGUUAAGUGACCACUCCUUGUCCUGGGAGACCCUGGCCCCCACGAACGUCCCCCUCCGGUUCCUGUCCCACUGUGUACGGCCCAGACUGUUGACAUUCUUUUACGAGGUGGCACCCGCCACAUGGGCUGUGGUGUCCUUACCAACUUCUUUGAAUGCUUAUGAUUUCAUGUUGAAAAAAAAAAUGCUUUAUGUAGAAAACCUACAAAGGGGGCUGGUGCCAGCCUUGCCCUGUUACACUUUCACUUGAAACUUGGCCCGUGUUUUGGGGCAGGGGAGAGGUGGCCGGCCCCGGCAGCUGGCCCAGAGGAGACGUUACUGAUUAUUAAGGAGGCAGUUUACUUGAUAAUUUGGUGUGUCCUUGAGAGUUUUCCUGCAACUUUUUAUUUCCCCAAUAGUAUGACUGUUAAAUGCCCAGUUUUGCUGGGGUUUGUUUUUUGUUUUGUUUUAUUGGGUUGUUUGGGUCCCGUUUUUCGCGUGAAGUGUAGGGUCUGUUUUCCAAAAUGGAAUUAGGAAAACCAGCUGGGCCCAGGAUUAGAUGUGGCGGGUGUGAGUGGGCGUGCUUGCUCUUUAGAUUGUUUUCUCCCAGAGGUUUGUAUCUUGAAUCAACAAUUGUGCGUGUUAUUUAAGAGAAAAAGUUGUUGGUUUGGCUGGUUGUUUGGCCUCAGCAUAGCGGGAGCAUUUGUUUUUCAGAAGAGGUCCUGGGCUGCAAGAACAGCUCGGGUUGUGUACUACGUGCCUUCUUGGUGUCUCACACACACACACACACACACACACACUGCGAAAACGGCAGCUGCUUUUCUUGAGCCACUGUCUACAUUUGUUCUGGGUUGUUGUUUUUUUACAUAGAAUUUUUUUAUACCGAAAGAGUCUCAGAUGGUCAGUUUUAUACAGACUCCACAGAACAGCACUUUGCCAAAAAUAAGUGUAGUGUUGCUCCGACACACCUCAACUCCAGUUCUCUCGCGGGUGUUUGGCGUUCUCGAGUCACGGUCUUUACCUGUCGAUGAAUAAAGAUGCCCUUGACUUCA